CGGGCUUGUGGCGCGCUGCUCCCUCCUCCUUACCCCCCCCCUCCCUGUCCGGUCCGGGUUCGCUUGCCUCGUCAGCGUCCGCGUUUUUCCUGGCCCCCCCCAACCCCCCCGGACAGGACCCCCUUGAGCUCGUCCCUCAGCUGCCACCAUGAGCGACCAAGAUCACUCCAUGGAUGAAAUGACAGCUGUGGUGAAGAUUGAAAAAGGAGUUGGUGGAAAUAAUGGGGGCAAUGGUAAUGGUGGUGGUGCCUUUUCUCAGGCUCGAAGCAGCAGCACAGGCAGUAGCAGCAGUGGAGGAGGAGGAGGGCAGGAAUCCCAGCCAUCCCCUUUGGCUCUGCUGGCAGCAACUUGCAGCAGAAUUGAGUCACCCAAUGAAAACAGCAACAACUCCCAGGGCCCAAGCCAGUCAGGGGGCACAGGUGAGCUUGACCUCACAGCCACACAACUCUCACAGGGUGCCAAUGGCUGGCAGAUCAUCUCUUCCUCCUCUGGGGCUACCCCUACCUCAAAGGAACAGAGUGGCAGCAGUACCAAUGGCAGCAAUGGCAGUGAGUCUUCCAAGAAUCGCACAGUCUCUGGUGGGCAGUAUGUUGUGGCUGCCACGUCCAACUUACAGAACCAGCAAGUCCUGACAGGAUUACCUGGAGUGAUGCCUAAUAUUCAGUAUCAAGUAAUCCCACAGUUCCAGACCGUUGAUGGGCAACAGCUGCAAUUCGCUGCCACUGGGGCCCAAGUGCAGCAGGAUGGUUCUGGUCAAAUACAGAUCAUACCAGGUGCAAACCAACAGAUCAUCACAAAUCGAGGAAGUGGAGGCAACAUCAUUGCUGCUAUGCCAAAUCUACUCCAGCAGGCUGUCCCCCUUCAAGGCCUGGCUAAUAAUGUACUCUCAGGACAGACUCAGUAUGUGACCAAUGUACCAGUGGCCCUAAAUGGGAAUAUCACCUUGCUACCUGUCAACAGCGUUUCUGCAGCUACCUUGACUCCUAGCUCUCAGGCAGUCACUAUCAGCAGCUCUGGGUCCCAAGAGAGUGGUUCACAGCCCGCCACCUCAGGGACUGCCAUCAGUUCUGCCAGUUUGGUAUCAUCACAAGCCAGUUCCAGCUCCUUUUUCACCAAUGCCAAUAGCUACUCAACAACUACUACCACCAGCAACAUGGGAAUUAUGAACUUUACCACCAGCGGAUCAGCAGGGACCAACUCUCAAGGGCAGACACCCCAGAGGGUCAGUGGGCUACAGGGGUCUGAUGCUCUAAACAUCCAACAGAACCAGACAUCUGGAGGCUCUCUGCAAGCAAGUCAACAAAAAGAGGGAGAGCAGAACCAGCAGACACAGCAACAGCAGCAAAUUCUUAUCCAGCCUCAGCUUGUUCAAGGGGGACAGGCUCUCCAGGCCCUCCAAGCAGCACCAUUGUCAGGGCAGACCUUUACAACUCAAGCUAUCUCCCAGGAAACCCUCCAGAAUCUCCAGCUUCAGGCUGUUCCAAACUCUGGCCCCAUCAUCAUCCGGACACCAACAGUGGGGCCCAAUGGACAGGUCAGUUGGCAGACUCUUCAGCUGCAGAAUCUUCAAGUUCAGAACCCACAGGCCCAGACAAUCACCUUGGCCCCAAUGCAGGGCGUUUCCUUGGGGCAGACGAGCAGCAGCAAUACCACCCUUACACCCAUUGCCUCAGCUGCCUCCAUCCCUACCGGCACAGUCACUGUGAAUGCUGCUCAGCUCUCCUCCAUGCCUGGCCUCCAGACCAUUAACCUCAGUGCAUUGGGUGCUUCAGGAAUCCAGGUGCACCAGCUUCCAAGCCUGCCCUUGGCUAUAGCAAAUGCCCCAGGUGAUCAUGGAGCUCAGCUUGGCCUCCACGGAGCUGGUGGUGAUGGAAUACAUGAUGACACAGCAGGUGGAGAAGAAGGAGAAAACAGCCCAGAUCCGCAACCCCAGGCUGGUCGGAGGACCCGGCGUGAAGCAUGCACCUGCCCCUAUUGUAAAGAUAGUGAAGGAAGGGGCUCUGGGGAUCCUGGCAAAAAGAAACAGCACAUUUGCCACAUCCAAGGCUGUGGGAAAGUAUAUGGCAAGACCUCACACCUACGGGCACACUUGCGCUGGCAUACAGGCGAGAGGCCAUUCAUGUGUACUUGGUCAUACUGUGGGAAGCGCUUUACACGUUCAGAUGAGCUACAGAGACACAAACGCACACACACAGGUGAGAAGAAAUUUGCCUGCCCUGAGUGUCCCAAGCGCUUCAUGAGGAGUGACCACCUGUCAAAGCAUAUCAAGACCCACCAGAAUAAGAAAGGAGGCCCAGGUGUAUCCCUGAGUGUGGGCACUUUGCCCCUGGACAGUGGGGCAGGUUCAGAAGGCAGUGGCACUGCCACCCCUUCAGCCCUUAUUACCACCAAUAUGGUAGCCAUGGAGGCCAUCUGUCCAGAGGGUAUUGCCCGUCUUGCCAACAGUGGCAUCAACGUCAUGCAGGUGGCGGAUCUGCAGUCCAUUAAUAUCAGUGGCAAUGGCUUCUGAGAUCAGGCACCCGGGGCCAGAGACAUAUGGGCCAUACCCAUCAACCCUGGGAUGCAAGGUAGCAUGGGUCCAAGAGACAUGUGGGAGAGAGAGCCAUGAGGCAUUAAAAUGCAUGGUGGUGGGAAGAAUUUGGGGGAGGGAUACAAGAGAAGAGAUGGGGUCCUGGCACCCACCUAUAUCAUCAGUACCUCCUUGAAGUGGGAAACAUUAGUGAAAAUUCUGUUGGUGCCACCCUUUGAUGGGCAUUUGUUUGACCCCAAACAGUUUCUUAUACUUCUUACCCCAGCCUCCCCUUCCUGCCUUUCCCUUCUCAGCUCCCCCAUGAUGGAUCCCCCCCCUUUCCUAAAGCCAUCAUGCCUUGAUAAAUAUAUAUGAUCAUUGAAAUACUUUUUAACAAAAAAAAAAAAAACCAGAUUCUAUAUUAUAUAUAUAUACAUAUAUAUAUAUAUAUAAAAGAUAUAUAGAGAUGCAUUUGCAGGGGUUGGCUGGGAGGAGGAAGGAGACCAUUCUGUGACCAAAAUACCUUGGUCAUUUUUUAUAUUGCCUUAUUUCCCUAUGGCUGAGCCUUGUUGUGACACAUCAAGCUUUUCUAGAGAUGUUGUCUUGGCUUCCCACCAGAUUAAGCAUUCAUAUGCUCUGCUUUUAGUUUAUAUACACAUACAUAAUGUUUUUCCUUUCUUAAUUUUGUCUUUUUAUUUGGGAUCAGCUUCUUGCACUCCUUUCUUGACUCAACCUUUCUGUCUCCCUUUCUCUCACCUGAUUGCUUCAUAUUUUGGUAAUGAUCCCUGGAUGAGGCACUUCUGUCAACCUUUUAAGGUUCUUGGUCCCAGCAGCAGAAUGGAGAGCCUUGAAGCCCAGGCUGAUGCUUGAGGUAGCUGUGGAGAGAGUGUUCAAAACUACUACUGACGCAGGCACCCUCUUGGUGCUGGAGAGUCAAAGGCACCUCUUCUCAUCAGCUGCUGUAAGCAUCAAGAGUCAGAAGUCUUUCUGUGGAAUUGUACAAGAGACCCUUUAAAGGUUAUAAUCUGGGAUCAAUUUGUAUAAACUGUCAAAAGUGGUCAAAUAAUAUGUAGGGGCUUUCAAUAGGAAAAUGAUGCGCUCAAAAGUGGAAGUGACUCAGAGUAGUCCAGUUCAGGAAUUAGUGGAGUAUUUGGACUUUUGUACAGCUGUCUUCCAAAGUAGGUCUAAGCUUUGGUAUGGGUUUCUGAGGUCACAUUCUGAAAGGAAAUGCACUUCCUCUUUUGAACAUCCCUGGUAGUUUCUUUUUCAUGUUAUUAAGGAGCAUCAGCCAAUAAAUCUGUUCCAGGUUUCCAUUCUGCAGA